AUAGUAUAGUGAUUCAAUAUAUUUAACGCAACUAUGAACGGCCAUUUUAGUAUAUGAGAUGAAUUCUAAUUGCCUAAUUGACGUAGGUAUCAGUUGUAUAGUAAAGUUCAUUGGCAGGUUAUCACUACUUCUAAAGCUGUGUCAAAUGAUGUUGUUGGUGUUAUCAACAGCCAUUCAGUUCGAUGUGUGAUUUUACAACCGAAAGAUCGAAAUUACCUAUACUUAGGUAGCAGUGAGAUAGCAGCAGAUCGAGUGUUCAUUGAUAAGUUUUCGCGUUCGUGUUUGAUUCCUAUACUUAAUCAUGCGGUGUAGUUUGCAAAUUGCGUUGUUUUUGAUUGUUUCGAUUCUUCAUUUGUCUGUGUCGCAAAAUGUACAAGAUGUUCCAGAUGAAAGACAUGAAGCAGUUAAACGUGGAAUGCUGGAUUUUGGAGUGAGACUGAAUUCCAUCAUAUCAUCGAACAAUGCCAAUAACAAAAACGUUCUGUUUUCACCCUUCAACAUCUACACUGCUUUAGCUCUUCUCCAUCUCGGUAGUAAUGGAAAAACACGUGAUGAAGUUGCUGGCAUUUUGGGAAUGCCCAAAACUUACUCGCCAGAAACUGUUCAUGAAGUAUUGCAAAACUUUUCUGUAAUCGCUCAAAAUAGUACAGAAAGGAGAUCAACACUGGAAAAUGGCACCAAAGGCAAAGUGAAAGUAUGCGAUUUGAAUCUAGCCAAUGGAAUCUUCGUUCAGAAGGGAAUCAAGCUGAAACAAAGCUAUGUGGAGGAUGCUCAAACAUACUAUGAAAGCGAAAUCGUUAACGUUGAUUUUGUCAACAAAAGCAAAGAAGCAACGGAUAUUAUCAAUAAGUACAUUGCCAAUAAAACUGAAAACCGAAUACCGCAGUUAUUCAAAGAACCUCAAUCCCCCAACACUAGAAUCAUUCUGACCAGCAGUCUUUACUUCAAAUCACUAUGGCUACACAAAUUCAACAAGUCAUUGACACAAUCAGACACAUUCAACACAAACACCGGCAAAAUCACAGUACCGAUGAUGAACAAAAACAUCAGCACACCAUACGCCGACUUGCCAUCUCUAGGAGUCGAAGUUGUAAACCUGAAAUUCGCCGACCAAGCAUUCUGCAUGUAUAUCGUAAUGCCUUACGAAAAUCAAACCCUAACCGACUUCUUGCGUACUCUGACCACCGACGAUAUCAAUUUAAUACUAAAUGAAACCUCCAAAAACCACAGAGUCGACUUGAAAUUCCCCAGUACAGCGUUCAAGUGGUCCAAAUCAAUUAAAGAGGAACUCACUCAACUAGGACUUUCACAAGUGUUUGGCGACGGUGCUGAUCUAGGCAAUAUGGUCGAGAGAAGUAACCUCAAAGUUGACCAGAUUAGUCAUAGUACUGAUAUCAAAAUAAACGAAGAUGGAACCGAAGCUAGCGCAGUUACACCUAUUUUAAUGGUGCUGAAAAUUGGUGGCAGGGAGAAGGAUGUGUCGUUUUAUGUGAAUAGGCCGUUUUUCUUUUUCAUCUAUAAUCGUAAAAUUGAUGCUGUGGUGUUCUUUGGCAGUGUGUUUAAUCCUACUGGUAACUGAGAGGCUGUUUCAUUCGAGUAUUAUUAAUUUAAAAAAAAAAAAAAAUGUACCUACCUAAUAUUUAACUAGACAAUCGUUUAGGUACUUAAUAAAAUGUUUCUUUUUACA